AUGGCUCUUUACGUGAAUACUACGACUUGACAUAAAUCGUAGUCCUACAGUAGUCUUUGAGGAUCUUCCUUUACCAAAAUCUGCAGACAUAGAUACUUUACACACUGCCCGUCCUGACAAAAUAUUUUUUUUUUAAUGGGGUUUACUUUUCAUCCCUCACUUUUUUUUUUGAUCCCCAAAGAGGACAGUAAUCUAUGUAUCUUUCUCACCAUUUUAUCCCAUACUGAUCUGAGCUCGAAAUCUUCCUUUUCGAAAAUGAGUACUAUGCCCACUCAUAUGAUGGAAAACUUCUGUUGUCACUAAAAUGCACACCGUUAUGUAAUGAUAGGACUUGGUGUCCUUCAUUGAAUAUUAGACACGUACUCAACUCACCCGCCUUUUCUAGUUCUUCUCCUUUGUUUGAUAUGACGGGAAGGUCAAGCAUACGCACAGUCAUCCUAAUCCGGUACCUGGCUUAUUAUCAUAGUCGGUAACAUAUAAUUCAUGCUGACGUAGAUUUCCUGUGUAGCCUUUCUGAAGAUUGAGGAUCAAAUUGCUAUCACAAAAAUAUAUUAUAUAUCCUUUUAUUUUUUGUACUGCCAUUUGUGGACAGACCCCCUCAGCUUAAGCGCUCAUUUUUUUGGUUAUUUUCUCAACUUAAGUUGUAGCUGACCAAAAUUAAUGACGGAUUAAAUCUACAUGUCAGCAAGUAAAUUGAGUCAGUGUCAGUGUUGGUGUCUCUCUCUUCUGCGACUGGGGAAAAAGGAGAGUUUGAACAGAAGAUUAGAGGGGAGAUGUGAAUGGUUAUAGAAAGCAGUAGGACAUGGCUUGGAGAAUUGGGAUUGAUUAUUUCCAAUCCCAACUCAAGGAGACUUGUCUUUUUUUUCUAUAUCCUUGGUUGUUACUCUCUCUUGUCACAAAUCUUUUCCACAAGAGUAGAUAUGGAAAAUAAUUUAGAAAUCAAAUUUUGGGGAAUCGGUUUGGAUGAGGACAACUAUUGUUGAUGCUGAAAGGAAUAGCAGUGGAGAGAUCAUGCCAUAUGUGAUUCAUAAACUUUGAAAGAUAUAAAGAAAUCAGACUCCUUGAUAAGUUUGCUACCUUCCAAUAGUAGCAAUGGUGAAUUUUCAUAAUGCUUCUAUGAGGAAACGGAAUUUGUUUGUUUAAGAAAAUCAAUGGAUCUUCUUGAAUUUUUUUUUUGUGAAUUCAGAGGCGAACCGGUGAGAUGCGCAUCUGUGUGUACUUAUCUUCAUGUUAUUAAAUUUAUUUUCUUUCUUGGAGAAUUCUUUCUUUUGAUUCUCUCUCUUGUUAGGACAUGGAUUAUGUUUAUGUAGAAAUUCUUUGUUUAUGAGCACAACUUCAACUCUCUUUUUUCACCGAUUUCACCACGAGGAGAUUUUAUUGCAGACCAUUCCAGUUAACCCAAAACCCUUCUUGAACAAUUUGACCGGCAAGCCUGUGAUUGUGAAGCUUAAGUGGGGCAUGGAAUAUAAAGGUGACGAACUAUUUGAAAUAUCUUGUUCAUAUUUAGAAACAGAUGAAUGUGUGACUUGUCACAACGCAGCUGUAUCCAUUUCUUUCUUCUUUCAGGGUUCCUUGUCUCAGUGGACUCGUACAUGAACCUGCAGGUGGCGUCUCCAUCUCCUCUACACUUUAUUUCUUCUCUGAAUUAACUUGAUGCGAAGUUGACAUUUUAUUCAGAUAUUUUCUGUUUAAUGCAGCUUGCCAAUACGGAGGAGUAUGUUGAUGGAGAGUUCACAGGAAACCUAGGGGAGAUCCUGAUUAGGUAAAUUGGAUAUUAUGCUUAUAAUGAUGAUACUGAUUAUUUCUUAGAUCGAAUCGAUUGGUUGCAAAUCUAAUAUAGUUUGGAAGACCCAAUUCAUGAUGAUAUCAUCUAAGUUUGCAAAAAAAAAAAAAGCGGAAACUUUAUACGAGGAUCUGGCAUAAAAAAAAAUUAAAAAAGAAAAAGAUGAACUGGUACCAAACAAAUUCUACCUGAUCUACAGUUUCUAAUGAAUUAUUCUGAUGAAUUCCGUCUAUAAUAAUAAUAAUAAUUAUUAUUAUUAUUAUCAUUAUCUUAUGAGAUGGAUUAUUAUCUUCUCACAGGUGUAACAACGUGCUGUAUCUUCGUGGGGUGCCAGAGGAUGAUGAGAUCGAAGAUGCCGAUUGA